UCCCACCCAGAGCCCGAGUUACCGCCAUCUGCCCCUGACGCUGCCUCUUUCAAACCGCCAAAGGGCAUACACAGCAGUCCAUCGCGAUGGAGAGACAAGCCUAGGAUGAAAAAGACCUCGCCUUUAAAGCCCUCUUCGAGCCACCCGCCCGUGAAGCCCGGCAGCAAGGCUGUAUUGCCGAUGCACAGCUUUCAACUUCCUCCAAGGGACAGCGAUGGCAAUCCACAGGAGAAUCCUUUGCACGACAAAGCCCAUCCAGCCCGUCAAGUUGGCGUGUUUGAUCCGAAUAGAGACAAAAAGAGGGAAAUAGAGGCUCUUGAGGAAGAGAUUGCAAAGUUGCAGCGGGAUCUGCAGAUAGUAAGCAAAGAGAACGAUAGAAUACGGCUGAUGCAGUCUUCCGGUCGUAUCCUAAGCUUUGCGGACGAGGAAGAGGUAUUUGACGUGAUGCGACGGCAUCUCAUAGACUCCGAGACAAAACCUCCGCCGCCCCCAUCACAACAGUUAUUAAGAGCGGCAUUAAACCCUACAGCGUUGUUGCCAUUUGGGAGGCCAACUCCGGUUGUCGCUACGACAGACGAUCAGAUCAACAUCGCAGACAUCAAAUCUCACCAUCCCGUAAGGAUGACGGCAGAGGAAGAAUUGCCAUAUCUGCAACUAUUCAGCCCGUUCGAGGUCACGUCAACCAUGGCCGUGUUGCAUGCGGAUGGGGACCAACCCCUGCGGCAGCGGCGUGUCAUGACUUUCCGGUCAAAAGACGCACCUGGCCUCUUUGCUUCAAAGGUCGAGAUGGUGGUGAAUGCCACCAACUCGAGCAUUUUGGAACUCAAGGUGCACUCUCUCGAACCCGCAGCGAGGGCUGAGCUGGGGCCAUUUGUCACCAAGGUAUGCGAAGGCGACUGCAACAGGAGCAUGCAGCGCAACAUUGGGAUACUGUCAUGGGCCAUGGGGGAAUGGUACCAGGCUGCCGUUCAAAGAGCGCAGUUAUGGUCCAAACUAGACCAGGAGCUAGCUUCCAAGGGACAGUUCUUGCAAGCCGUUGCCGAGGCACGGAGGAAAAAGCCGUUGCGAAGAACAGCUGAGGAGAUGGAAGACGACGGGGAAGAGCAAUCAACACCUGCGCCAUCAUUUAAGAAGGCCGCGUUGGUUCAUUUCAUGGGCCAACAAGCGUUCGAAUUUAACAUCCCGUCGAAGAAGCGGACAGAUCCUACAUCAUCGGUGCGGUUGGAGUGGAGGAUUGAUUUUGAUUGGAUUGGAGAGGCGCAAAGCAAGGUGACUGUCAUGAUUGGCGUCCCCGGCAAGUGGCGCAAAGCUGAUCAGCGUGGUGUGUUGGGAAAGCUCCCAAAGCUGUUUGAGGAUCUUGUAGAGGGGGGGCAGGACCCAUCUCUCGCGGUUAAAACGAUUGUGGCGUUGGUUGUAGGAGAACAGUGA